ACGCCGAAUCGCCAGCAGCCCAGCCUAGCCGCACGUCUGCAGCAGCAGGAUCAGUCUAGGUCCACUAGGUCCUGGUCCUAGCAAAGAUUCUCCCUAGUCAGCACUGUCGUCGAGAGUGCAAAGCGGCCUACAAAUUUUGUAAAUAAACUGUACAAUGGGUAGAUCCUCAAAAGAUAAACGUGACAUUUAUUAUCGCCUUGCCAAAGAAGAAGGAUGGCGAGCACGAAGCGCGUUCAAAUUAUUGCAGAUUAAUGAAGAUUUCGAUAUAUUUUCAGGUGUUACCAAGGCCGUGGAUUUAUGUGCUGCCCCUGGUAGUUGGAGCCAAGUGUUAAGCCGCAAGCUAAGGGCUAAAGAAGAGACACGAGACCAGGUCAAAAUUGUUGCUGUUGACCUCCAAGCAAUGGCUCCACUUCCAGGCGUUAUUCAGCUUCAGGGUGACAUCACAAAGGUGUCAACGGCCAAUGAAAUUGUCAGUCAUUUUGAAGGAGAGAAAGCGGACCUUGUGGUCUGUGAUGGAGCACCAGAUGUUACCGGUCUUCAUGAUAUAGACGAGUACAUACAAGCACAGCUUCUUCUGGCAGCUUUGAACAUCACAACUCAUGUAUUAAAAUCAGGUGGUACAUUUGUUGCCAAGAUUUUCCGAGGUAAAGAUGUGACGUUACUUUACUCGCAGUUGAAGAUCUUCUUCCCGACUGUUACUGUAUCAAAACCAAGAAGCAGUAGAAACUCAAGUAUAGAAUCGUUUGUUGUGUGUCAAGGAUACUCGCCACCAAAGGGCUAUAUUGCAAACAUGUCAAACCCUCUACUAGAUCACCACUAUGAUGUUAAUUUCAACUCUUUGACGGGAGUGAAUCGUGUUAUUGUCCCUUUCCUGGCAUGUGGGGAUUUGAGUGCCUAUGAUUCAGACAAGAAUUAUCCUCUAGAGCUUGAGCUCGGUGCUGGUUACAAACACAUAGCUCCGACCCAGCCACCAAUCAACCCGCCCUACAAAACAGCAUGCAUGCUCAAAAAAAAUGACCAGCUUGCAAAGCAGAGUGUAGCAAGUUACUCAUCCAUACAAGAGCAAGUUUCAGGAGCUUGUAAACAUUCUCCUUCAAGCUCAUCUACAACUAGUGAUGUUAAAAAUGAAGAUGGGGAUGUAGAACCAACGAGUUGAUAUAAUAAGGAUCUCAAAUUCUUAAUUAUGGAAAUAUGAGGCUUGACAUGCCAAAACCAGCAUACAAAAAAAACCAACAUUGACUUAGGUUAUUUACUGGAAUCAACGCAUCGCCAAAGUUAUGAGUAAAAGUAUUACGGCUUCCCAGUACUAAAGUAUACUGCCUCAUUCUUAUGCUAAUUACUACAGUAUGCUGGGUUUGGGAUGGCAAAGUUGUAAAUAGUUGGAGGGUGAAAAAAAAGCCAGUAAACCCUUGCUCAAGAUUAGGCCAAAAAAUAAGUUUGUUUGCCCUCCUCCACCCUUUUAGCUUUUUUCUUUACAAAUUAAAUGUGAAUUUAUCUUUAUUUUUUGCCAGAUGCCCUACAAAUUAGUCUAAAGUUGUUGU